AUGGAGAUUUUCACAAUAGAAGAUUUAUUUCACGAAGAGUCUUCGACUAUCGGCUCAACGAAUAAUACAUCAAAUUCAAUUCGAAUUGAGACCGAUGAAGAAACUGUUACUCAUAGUGUCAACAAGUCGAAAGAAUCAUCAACGGUUAAACAAGAACUGCCUCCAUGCAUGUCAAAUUCAGUUAAAGCAACUUUAAUAUCUGCUGUGUUCACAAGCUUAGUGAUGACUAUUGCCAUUCUAAUAGUCUGUUUUACAUCACCAAAACCUCCAGGUAAAAUCUGUACAUAUAUUUUAAAAUCGGAAGCUCGUAAUUUAAUUAGCGAUGAUUCUCAUCCGCAUUCAAUUGUCGUUGCUGAUCUGAAUAGCGAUGGUCUUCCAGAUGUAGUUGUCGCAAAUUCUGCUACCAAUAAUAUAGGUAUAUUCAUUCGACGUGAUAAUACUACUUUUACAGAUCCAAUAAUGUUUUCUACCGGUGUUGGAUCAACUCCAUACUCAGUAACUGUUGCUGAUUUUAAUAAUGAUCAACAAAUGGAUAUAGUUGUAGCAAAUUUUCAUACUAAUAAUAUUGGUAUCUUUCUUGGAAUAGGUAAUGGUAAUUUUACAGCUCAAAUAAAUUUUUCUACUGAAUCAUCUCGACCACGAUGGGUUGCUGCUGGUCAUUUUAAUAAUGAUACAUUUUUCGAUAUUGCCGUGGUCAAUGAUGGCACGAACAGUAUCGGUAUUUUACUUGGUGAUGGUACUGGGCAAUUUGGAACACAAAAUAAUUUUUUCACUGGUUAUGAUUCUCUUCCAUAUGCACUUGUUAUUGCUGAUUUUAAUAAUGAUAAUAAAUCUGAUAUUGCAGUUGCUAAUUUUGGUACUAACAAUGUGGGAAUAUUUCUUGGAUAUGGAAAUGGAAUAUUUGCAGAACAAAUUAUUUUCACUACUGGUACUAAUUCACAACCAUAUUCACUGGCUAGUAGUGACUUGAAUGGCGACACUCAUAUUGAUAUUGUUAUCGUCUAUUCAGGUACAAAUAAUGUUGCCGUAUUAUUGGGAUACGGAAAUGGAUCAUUUGCAUUACCAACAAAGUAUUCAACUGGUAACAAUUCUUUGCCACUUUCCGUCGUUAUCGGAGAUAUAAAUAAUGAUACGAAACUAGAUAUCAUUGUAGCUAACAAUGGUAAUUCUAGUGUAAGCGUCUUUUUAGGAUAUGGAAAUGGAACGUUUUCAGAUCGAAAGAUAUUUUUCAUGAGUUAUAACUCUAAGCCGUACUCAAUUUCUACAGGAGACUUUAAUAAUGAUAAACAAAUGGAUAUUGUCGCUAUUAAUUAUGAUAAUAGUUAUAUUGAUGUUAUUCUUACCUAUUGGAAUUUUACAUUAUCAAGUCAAAUUAUCUAUCAAACACUUAGCGCAAAUUCUAAUCCAGAAUCAAUUGUUUUUUCAGAUUUCAAUAAUGAUGGUCGAGUAGAUAUGGCUGUUGCUAAUUAUGGAGCUAACAAUGUAGGUAUAUUACUUGGGUAUGGGGAUGGUAGCUUUUCACGACAGACUAUUUAUUCAACUGGAAGUGGUUCAGGACCGUCUGGUAUUGCUACAGGUGAUUUUAACAGUGAUCAUCGACAAGAUAUUGUUGUCGUUAAUUAUUUUACUAACAAUAUAGGAAUUUUUUUCGGAUAUGGUGAUGGUUCUUUUGCAAAUCAAGUUAUCUAUUCAACUGGCAUCUAUUCAAAUCCAUUUAGUGUUGCUACAUCUGAUUUGAACAAUGACAAUCAAUUGGAUAUUGCUGUUGUCAAUUAUUGGACUAAUAAUAUUGGAAUAUUUCUUGGAUGUGGAAAUGGUACGUUUUUAAGUGUCGCGACUUAUUUCACUGGCUCUUAUUCGGGUCCACGUUUCCUCGCCAUUGGUGAUUUGAAUAAUGAUAAACAACAAGAUAUUGUUGUCGUUAAUUACUUGUCUAGUACUGUUGGUAUUUAUCUUGGCCCUGGUGAUGGUACUUUUCUAAAUUACAUUGUGUAUUCAACUGGCAGUUAUUCAUAUCCUGAAUCUGUAUCUCUUGGUGAUUUCAAUAAUGAUCAUCAAUUAGAUAUUAUCGUUGCCAAUUAUUGGGCUAACAAUAUAGUUCUAUUUCUUGGAUGUGGGAAUGGAACAUGUUUUAGUCAAUUUACUUAUUCAGUAGGAAAUGGUUUUGGACCAAGUUCUCUUGCUAAUGGUGAUUUUAACAAUGACGGUCAACUUGAUGUUGUUGUCGCUAACUAUUUUGCUAAUAGUUUCAGUAUAUUUAUCGGUUUUGGUAAUGGUAGUUUCGCGGGGCAGAUUAAUUAUUUAACAGGCAGUAAUUCUUAUCCAUGGUAUGUUGCUGUUGGUGAUCUAAAUAAUGAUAAUCAAUCAGAUCUUGCAAUAGCCAAUUAUGGUUCUAAUAGCAUAGCUCUUUUUCUCAAAUAUGACAAUGACAGUUUUAAAAUCCAAAACACAUAUUCAACUAGAGAUUCAUCCCGUCCGCAGUCGGUUGUUGUCGGAGAUUUCAAUGACGAUGGUCAAAUGGAUAUUGCUGUCACUAAUUAUCAAGGUAAUACUAUAAAUAUUUUUCUUGGAUAUGCAAAUGGUAUGUUUUCAAGUCCAUGGAUCUAUUCUACUGGAACUUUUUCUUCACCACUAUCAAUCAAAACUGGCGAUUUCAACAAUGACAAUCAGUUAGAUAUCGUUGUCACUAACUCUUGGACAGGUAAUAUUGGUAUAUUUUUUGGAUAUGGAAACGGUACUUUUAAACCUCAGAUUACUUAUUCAACUGGUAGUAAUUCGCAACCAUAUGAUGUUGCCAUCGGUGAUUUUAACAAUGACAAUCGAUCUGAUAUCGCUGUCGCCAAUUAUCAAAAUAACAAUGUAGGUAUUUUCUUAAACUAUGGGGAUGGUAGUUUUUCUAAUCAAAUAACCUAUUCGACUGGUUCGAAUUCUGGACCACGUUUUAUUGGUGUCGCUGAUUUUAACAAUGACAGUCAACCAGAUAUCAUGGUCGUUAACCAAUGGAAUAAUAAUAUUGGUAUUUUCAUUGGAUAUCACAAUGCUACUUUCUCUUAUCAAACUACAUAUAGUGCUGAAAAGGGCUCAGCACCCUAUUAUGCUGCUGUUGGUGAUUUAAAUGGAGAUAAUCGACUAGAUAUAGUUGUUCUCUUAUAUGACAAUCGUGCAGCUCUUAUUUUUCUGGGCUAUGGUGACGGUACGUUCUCUCGACAAGAUGCUUUUUCAACGGGUAGUAAUACUGCACCAUUUUCAUGUGCCAUUGCAGACAUGAACAAUGACAAAUAUUUGGAUAUCAUUAUUAGUGAUUGUGAUGCUGGUAAAGUAAUUCUUUUAAUGGGAUUUGGAAAUGGAAGUUUUGCCAAUGAACAAAGCUAUUCAACUAUUGAUAAUUCUUGUUUAAAAUCAGUUGCUAUCUGUGAUUUCAACAACGAUAGUGUAUUAGAUAUUGUUGUUACCAAUUCAAAUAAUGAUAUGAUAGGAAUUAUGUUAGGUUCUAUUUAUACAAAUGGUGUACGUGAAAAUACAUAUUCUACAGGAACAUCUCCACAUCCACGAGCUAUUUCUCUUGGUGAUUUCAAUAAUGAUGCUCAAUUAGAUAUUGUACUUGCAAAUUAUGGAUCAGACAGUGUAGAAAUACUUUUAGGAUAUAAAAAUGGAAGUUUUCCAAUGCAAAUGAAAAUUUCAACUGGUAGUUUAUCUGUUCCAACAUCGACUGGUGUUGGUGAUUUUAAUAAUGAUAGUAUAUUAGAUAUUAUUGUUUCUAAUUCAUAUGCUGAAAAUAUAGGUAUUUUUUUCGGCUAUGGUAAUGGUAGUUUUGAGACACCACAAACAUAUUCAACUGGAAUUGGUUCUAUUCCACAAUCGGUCGCUGUUGGUGAUUUUAAUAAUGAUAAACAAUUAGAUAUUGCCGUUGCUAGUACUGGUACAGAUAGUACUUUUGUACUUUUACAAUAUAAUAGUGGAACUUUUCGUAAGCAAAUAUCAUAUGAUACUGGUAUUGACUCUACUCCUUGGUCCGUAUCGACAGGUGAUUUUAAUAACGAUGGAUGGGCUGAUUUUAUCAUCGUCUAUUCAGGUAGUGAUAGUUUAGGUGUAUUCUUAGGAGUAGGUAAUGGUACAUUUUUAAGUCCAACAAUAUAUUUUACUGGUAGUAAUUGGUAUCCAUGGGGUGUUAGCGUUGCUGAUUUUAAUAAAGACAAUCAUUUAGAUAUCGUUGUCAGCUAUUAUUGGUAUAGUAGUAUAGGUAUUUUUCUUGGAUUAGGUAACGGUACGUUUUCCAAUCAAACAACUUAUUCAACUGGUACUUAUUCUGGACCUAAUUUGAUGGCAACUGGUGAUCUUAAUAAUGAUAGUCGAGUAGAUAUCGUUGUUGCUAAUGCAUUUUAUAAUUAUAUAUGUAUUUUCUAUGGGAAUGGGGAUGGUACGUUUUCAAAUAUGAUUACCUAUUCAACUGGCUAUAAUUCAUGGCCAUUGUCAGUUGCCAUUGCUGAUUUUGAUAACAACAGUCUGCUAGAUAUUGUUGUAGCAAAUUAUGGAUCGUCGAAUAUUUGUAUAUUUAUUGGAUAUGGUAAUAGCACUUUCUCCGAACCAGUUUUCUAUUCAACUGGCCAACGCUCACUUCCAGAAUGGGUUUCCAUUGGAGAUUUUAACAAUGAUGCUCGAUUAGACAUCGUCGUUGCUAAUUUUGGUACCGACAAUGUCGGUGUAUUUUUUGGAAAUAAUAACGGUUCAUUUUCUCAGCAAAUGCUUUUUCCAACUGGUACUGAUUCCACACCUUCUUCCCUCGCUAUUGGUGAUUUUAACAAUGACAAUCAAUUAGAUAUUGGCCUUGCAAGCUUUGGAAAUAAUAACUUUGGCAUUCUUCUUGGAUGCUUCAACGGUACGUUUUUCAGCCAACUGACUUAUUCUACUGGUGAUAAGUCUCAACCAAAUAGUAUCGCUACUGUUGAUUUUAAUAAUGAUGGUCUUCUCGAUAUUGUUGUCCCUAAUUCAGCUACGGAUAGUGUAGAUAUUUUUCUUGGAUAUGCCAAGAAAACCUUCUUGAAUGCAGCAUCGUAUUCGACUGGUUUAUCUUCUCAACCAAUAUCUAUUGCUACUGCAGACUUCAAUAAUGAUACUCUAUUGGAUAUUGUAAUCGCUAACAAUGGAACAGAUAAUGUUAUGAUACUAUUUGGUUCUGGUUAUGGUACUUUCGUUGAUCAGAGAGUAUUUUCAACUGGUAAUGGAUCUCAUCCUUCCUCGGUAACCGUUAGUGAUCUUAACAAUGACAAUCGACCCGAUAUUAUCGUUACGAAUUCAGGUACUAAUAAUGUUGGCGUCUUUCUUAGUAAUGGUACUGAUACGUAUUCGAAUCAAAUGACGUAUUUUACUGAUCUUAGUUCUCAACCACAAUCAGUUGUUCUAGUAGAUUUUAAUAAUGAUACUCUUCUAGAUAUUGCUGUGACUAAUUAUGGAGCGAAUAGUGUAGGUGUUUUUUUCGGUUAUAGUAACGGAAGUUUUGCAACACAAAUGAUAUUUCUUACUGGUUUUGGUUCACGUCCCUAUGCACUCGUUGCUGGUGAUAUAAACAAAGAUAAUUUGACUGAUAUUGUUGUUACUAAUGAUGGUUAUGGCAAUAUUGAUAUUCUCAUGAAAACUUGUUAA